AUGGCCAACGCGCGCAUGCAGUGGGUCGCGACCCGCAUCGUCGAGAGCUUCGAGCCGCUCGUGUCGCUCGGCGAAGUCAACGAGUUCCUCGCGACGCCAGCGACCAAGAAGCUCUGGGACGAUCUUAUCGGCGCCAAAGACGUGAGCAAGAUCUUCGUGCACUUCCAAGCCGACCCGGCCGACAAGGGCGACGCGUCGCGCACGCGGCUCACGGCGUCUGCGGGCAACACGAUCCCGAUCCGCUCCAAGUGCUGUUACUUUCUGCGCGUCACCGCCGAUGGCAAAGCAGUUGACACAACCAAGGCCAGCGACGGCACGCUUCUCUUUGGCGAACUCGCGCCCAACGUCCUCCGCGACCUCGAAGCGACACUCUCGCAGCUCUUCACGCCGCUCUUCAAAGCCCGUGAAGACUGGGGCAAGGCCGAUCCAGACCUCAAAGUCGAGUUUAUGACCGAGUCGGAAAAGUUUGCCAACGACCUCAAGGAGGCACUCCACAGCAUGGACAGUGGGCUCGAGCUCCGGCGGCCCGACCGAGAGUACGAGAACGCGGGCACGCGCGGCGCGGCCGUGAGCGAGUCGCCGCAGGUCAUUGCGCACUACGAGGACGUUUUGAAGGAGUGGUGCGACGUCAUUUCGACGUACCUCGAGACCAACACGACGGGCGACGGCAAGAAUAAGGACGACGAGAUCGACGACGAUGGCCCGAUGGGCGAGCUCGAGUACUGGCGCCGGCGCAUGCAGCGCUUGACGUCGAUCACGGAGCAGCUCAAGUCGAACGAGUACAAGGAUGUCUUUUUCGUCUUGUCGCGGACGUCGAAAAACGUGAGUGACGACACCAAGCAGCGCAUCCAGACGCUCCUUCGCCGGUGGAAGCAGACGGACAUUAGCAUCACGGAAGCGACGAACGAAGCCAAGGACAACGUCAAGUACCUCUUCACGCUCGAGAAGUUCAUCGUGCCGCUCUACUCGGGCACGCCCAACACGAUCAUCGACACGCUGCCCGCGCUCAUGAACUCGAUCAAGAUGAUCCACUCGAUCGCGCGCUACUACAACACGUCCGAGCGCAUGGCGUCGCUCUUGACCAAGAUCACGAAUCAAAUGAUCAGUAACUGCAAGGGCUGCAUCACGGGCGGCGAGACGUUUGAAGUCAUGUGGAGCAAGGAGCCGGAAGAGCUCGUGCGGAACCUCGACUCGUGCCUCAAGCUCAACGAGGCGUACCAGCAGCAGUACCGAGCGACAAAAGACAAGCUGUUUGCGAUGCCGAAAGGCAAGCAGUUUGAGUUCAACGAGAUGCAGAUCUUUGGCAAGUUUGACCUUUUCUGCCGGCGCAUCAUCAAGCUCAUCGACAUGUUUACGACGAUCCAUCAGUUCUCGUCGCUUGGACAGCACAAACUCGAGGGCAUGGACGAGCUCAUUGGCAAGUUCAAUGGCGUCAUCCGUGAGUUCCGGCUGCGCAACCACGAUUUGCUCGACUACCGCAACAACCGGUUCGAUCGCGAUUACGUCGAGUUCAACGUGCGCAUCUCGGACCUCGAGGGCCUGCUCCAAAAGUUCAUCAACGACUCGUUCGAGAACAUUACGAGCAUCGAGCACUCGCUCAAUCUGCUGCGCAAGUUUCAAACGAUCCUCCAGCGCGAGAACCUCAAGUCGGAUCUGGACUCGAAGUUUAACGUCAUUUUCCAGAAUUACGGCCUCGAGCUCGAGCACGUCUUGCAGCAAUAUGAGCGCCACAAGCACAACCCGCCGUACCCUCGGAACCUCCCGCCCGUCGCGGGCAACAUCACGUGGUCGCGCCAUCUCCUCAAGCGCAUUGAAGAACCGAUGAAGAAGUUCGAGUCCAACCAAAAUGUGCUCGCAAGCAAGGACGCCAAGCGCAUCAUCCGCAUGUACAACAAGGUCGCGCGGACGCUUGUCGCGUUCGAGUACAUUUGGUACCAAGCGUGGGUGCAGUACAUUGACACGGCCAAAGCCGGGCUCCAAGCCACGCUCAUCAUUCGCCACCCCGAAGACAACAUUCUCUACGUCAACUUUGAUCCGGAGAUCCUCCAGCUGCUCCGCGAAGCCAAGUGUCUCGACCGCAUGGGCAUCGAGAUCCCAGAGUCGGCCAAAAUCGUGCUCCUCCAGGAAGAAAAGUUCAAGAAUUACUUCAACGAGCUCCAAUUCGCGCUCUCCGAGUACGACCGGAUCGUGACCAAGGUGAUUCCGGUGACCGCGAUGCUUUUGCGGCCGCACUUUAACGAUAUGGAGUUCAAGCUCCGGCCUGGCAUGAUCACGCUGACGUGGACGAGCAUGAACAUUGAAGCGUACCGCAACCACGUGCACACGGGCCUCCAGCGCCUCGAAGAGCUCGUGACCAACAUCAACGACAUCAUCGAGAACCGGGUCGAGAAGAAUCUGCGCAUCGUCUCGAAAACGAUGCUCGUGGACCUCCCGACGGACCAGUCGUUCUCGCUUGACGAGUUUGUGCAAAACAUUGAGAUUGAGAAUGCGGUCGAGGACCUUCUCAAGAUCAUUACGCAGUACCCGCUCGACUCGCACAUUGAGAGCGUCUCGACCGAAGAAGCGAUGAAGCUCAAGAAGCACUACAACCACUUUAUGUACCAAGCGCUGCUUCACUGCACCAAGAACUCGCUCAACAGCGUCAAGAAGCGGGUGGCGUCCCGCGCCGGCGCCACGCCACUCGCAACCGACCGGCCGUUCUUUGAAGUCGACGUGCAGCUGAGUAUCCCGCGCGUCCAGCUCUCGCCUAGCCUCGAUGACAUCCAGUUGGCGAUCAACCGCGCGGCCCAGACCGUGCUCGCGGCCGCAAAAGAGCUCUACGACUGGGGCCAAGCCGACGACAUUGAGAUCGUCCGCGUCGUCUUGCUCUUGACCGGGAGCGUCCAAGGCCUUCGCAACAGCGUCACCGAGUACCUUGCGUCCUUCAAGCAGUACGAGUGGCUCUGGAUGGAGAACAAAGAUGUGUCCCCCGAGCUCCAAGACUUUGAGCGCAAACUCAAGUCGUUUGUCAUUAUUGACGAAGACAUUACGGCGAUCUCCGCCGUGCACAACAUCGGCGCGCUCUCGCUGAAUACGCGCAAUAUCAAGCUCCAGCUCAAGCACGAGAAUGCGCAGUGGAAGCUCAAGUACAGCGACAACCUGCACAACCAAGCGCGCAAGAAGAUGGAGUCGCUCACCGAGUACUUCCGCAGCAUGAUGGGCAAGCUCAACCGCAAGGUUGUGGACCUCGACUCGCUCCGGUUCGUCAUGAACCUCCUCAAAGAAGUCCGCGCGCGCGAGAGCGGCAUCAACAUGGAGAUCAACCCGGUCUUGGACAUGUACGAGAUGCUCGAGUACUACCUCCCGGAUGGCUUCAUGGAGAAGGAAGAAAUGGACCAAAAGUCCGUGCUCCGGAGCAACUGGCGCAAGCUCAUCCACCACGCCGAGACGCGAACGGACGAGCUCUCCAAGACGCAGGCGGGCUUCAAGCGCGGGCUUCUCCGCGACAUUAAGGAGUUCCUUGUGGACGUCAAGCAUUUUCGCGAGGACUUUCUGGCUAACGGGCCCAUGGUGAUUGGCAUCUCGGCGUCCGAGGCUGUCGAGCGCUUGAACCGGUACAAGGAAGAGUACAAGAUCCGCGAGCGCAAGCAAGAUCUCUAUACGUCCGGUGAAGAGCUCUUUGGAUUACCCAAGACGAGUUAUCCCGAGCUCGAGAUGACCAAGAAGGAGCUCCAACUGCAAGACAAGCUCUUUGGCUUGUACGUCGACGUGCUUACCACACUCGAAGAGUGGAAGACGAUCCCGUGGGUCCAAGUCGCGCAGAACAUGCAGUCCAUGACCGAGAAGGUCGAUGGCUUCUCGAACCGCUGCAAGAAGAUGCCGGCCAAGCUCCGCGAGUGGGAGGCGUACGCUGUCCUGAAGAAGAUGAUUGACGACUUUACCGACAUCCUUCCGCUGCUCCAAGAGCUCAGCAAGCCGUCGAUCAAGCCGCGCCAUUGGGACGCGGUCAUGGAGAAAACGAAGACGUCUUUUGACGUGAAUGCGGCCGACUUUAAGCUGCAAGCGCUCAUGGACGCCAACAUCGUGCUCUACAAGACCGAGAUUGAAGAGAUCACGGACGGCGCCGACAAGCAGCUCAAGAUCGAGAUCGCGCUCGCCGAAAUUAACGAGCACUGGGACGCGGAAGAGUUUCAGUUCAACGACUGGAAGAACCGCAACGUACCCGUUCUCAAAGGCGUUGUGCCGGUCGUCGAGGCGCUGGAAGAGGCACAGAUGAACCUCCAGACGAUGCUCAGCAUGCGCCACGUGCUGCCGUUCAAGGAGGUCGCGCAGCAAAAGCUCGAGCAGCUCAGCGAUACGAGCGAGACGCUCGAGCGCUGGAUCAAAGUCCAAAUGCUGUGGUGCUCGCUCGAGUCGGUCUUCACGGGCGGCGAUAUCGCCAAGCAGAUGCCCGUCGAAGCCAAGAAAUUUCAAAAAAUCGACAAGGACUGGGCCAAGAUCAUGACCAAGUCGGUCGAAAUCAAGAACGCGGUGCAGUGCUGCGCGAGCGAGCUCCUCAAGUCGUGCCUCCCCAACAUGUACAGCGAGCUGGAAAAGUGCCAGAAAUCGCUCGAAGGCUACCUCGAGCAGAAGCGCAACAAGUUCCCGCGCUUCUACUUUGUGUCGAACCCCGGUCUCCUCAUGAUCCUUUCGCAAGGCUCGGACCCGCUGAGCAUGAACGAGCAUUAUGAAAAGGUGUUUGACUCGAUCGAGCGCGUGAUCCACGACAAGAAAGACAAGACGCUCAUCCACACCAUGGUCUCGGGCGUCGACGAAGUCCGCUUCUCGUCGAUCGUCAAAGCCCAAGGCAACAUUGAAGACUGGCUCGCGUCGCUCUUGCGCUCCAUGCAGCUCACGAUGAAGGACAUUUGCCGCCACUGCGCCAGCGACGUCGGCGCCAUGAGCGCCGACAUCAAGCGCAUGCGGGAUUUCGUCGACCGCUACGUGGCCCAGUUUGCCCUUUUGGGGAUCCAAAUGAUGUGGACCAACGACGUGCAGACCGCGCUCGAGCAGUGCCGGAGUAAGAAGAACGCGAUGAAGGACAUGAGCCAGAAGCAGCUCCAAGUCCUCAUCGAGCUCUCGUCGUGGUGCCUCCAAGAUCUGGGCUCAAAGCAAAACCGCGUCAAGAUCGAGACGCUCGUGACGAUCCACGUGCAUCAGCGCGACGUCAUGAGCGACCUCGCCUUGCUCUACAAGCAGAAGAAGAUCUCGGACCCAAACGAUUUCGAGUGGCUCAAGCAAGCGCGCUUCUACUGGCGGCCCAACAACGCCGACGAGUUUACGGCCGACGGCGCGUGCGUUGUCUCGAUCACGGACGUCGACUUCAACUACCAAUUCGAGUACCUCGGCUCGAAAGAGCGGCUCGUCGUGACGCCGCUCACAGAUCGGUGCUACAUUACGCUCGCGCAGGCGCUCGGGAUGUACUUUGGCGGCGCCCCCGCGGGCCCCGCCGGCACGGGCAAGACCGAGACGGUCAAAGAUCUCGGGCGCACGCUGGGUAUCUACGUUGUUGUGACCAACUGCACGGACCAGCAAAAGUACACGGACUGCGCUAAGAUCUUCAAAGGGCUGUGCCAAGGCGGUCUCUGGGGCUGCUUUGACGAGUUCAACCGGAUUCAGCUGCCAGUGCUCUCGGUCGUCGCCCAGCAAGUGCUUGCGAUCCAGAACGCCAAGAAGACGGGGAUCAAGUUUUUCCAGUUCCCGGGCGACCCGCAAAACAUCUUGCUGCUGCCUGUGUGCGGCUUCUUUAUCACGAUGAACCCCGGGUACGCCGGUCGGCAAGAGCUGCCCGAGAACCUCAAAGCGCUUUUCCGCGGCGUCGCGAUGAUGGUGCCGGACUUUGAGAUCAUCAUGAAGGUCAAGCUCUGCUCCGUGGGAUACCUCGAGUACCAAGAGCUCGCCAAGAAAUUCUUCAUCUUGUACUCGACGUGCAAGGAGCAGCUCUCAGCGCAAAAGCACUACGACUGGGGUCUCCGCAACAUUCUCGCCGUGCUCCGAAGCGCCGGCAAGAUCAAGCGCGACAACCGCAACGACCUCGAAGCCAAGCUCCUCUUCCAGACGCUUCGCGACAUGAACCUCUCCAAGCUCGUCGCGCAAGACGUCCCGCUCUUCCUCUCGCUGCUCCAAGACUUGUUCCCGACCGUGCCGCCGCCGCCAAAAGGCGUCUACCCCGAGCUCGAGGCCGCGGUGUUGGCGGAAAUCGACAAGAUUGGGCUCGUCAACCACCCGGGCUGGCUCAACAAGGUGAUUCAGCUCUACGAAACGCAGCUCGUGCGCCACGGCAUCAUGCUUGUCGGUCCCACGGGCGGCGGCAAAUCGCGCAUCUUUGAGGUGCUGCAGCAAGCGCUCACGUUCACGACGACGAUCAACCACAAGCAGUCGCGGCUCAACCCGAAAGCGAUCCGAGCGGCUGAAAUGUACGGCGAGGUCGACCCGAUGUCGGGCGAGUGGACCACGGGUGUCUUUGCGGCCAUGUGGAGCAAGUACAACCAGAAAAGCAACAAGUUUAUCAUGUGGAUGAUCUGCGACGGGCCCGUCGAUGCGAUUUGGAUUGAAGAUCUCAACACGGUCCUCGACGACAAUAAGAUUCUAACGCUGGCCAACGGCGACCGCAUGCCCAUGACGGACAACGUCAAGCUCAUGUUUGAAGUCGAGACACUCGUCAACGCAUCGCCGGCGACCGUGAGCCGCGCCGGCAUUGUGUUUGUCUCGGACACGGACCUCGACUGGGCGCCGGUCGUCGAAGCGUGGAUCCGGAAGCGGCCGAAUGCGCACCAAGAGAUUUUGCGCAACCUCUUUAGCAAGUACAUGGGCGAGAACUCGCCGCUGCUACCUGGUAUCGCGUUCGACUACCUCGCGCGGAACACGUCGGGGGUGAUGCCUGUCUCGCGCGUCGGCCAAGCAUCGCGGCUCUACAACCUCAUGACGGGUCUCCUCCUCGGCGAGCAUGGCACGUCGCUGUCGGAAGACCCGGGGACGCUCCAAAAGCAGCUGGAAAAACUCUUCUUGUACUGCAUUGCGUGGAGCGUCGGGCAGUUGCUCGAGCCCGAAGACCGCGUCAAGUUUGACGACUGGCUGCGCAACCUCGACGACCAGAAUUUGCUGCCAAAGGUGGUGGACGGCAACCUCGUGUACGAGCACUUUGUCGAUCCCGCAACGUACGAGUGGAAAGUGUGGCGCCCGCCGAAGUGGAACUACCCGAAAGGCGACAAGCUCGACUUUUCCAACUUGCUCGUGCCGACGAUGGACUCGGUCCGGACGCUCUACUUGAUUGAGAAUCUGCACAAGCAAAAGAAACCUGUCCUCAUGGUCGGCGGCCUCGGUACCGCCAAGACGUCGUGCGCGCUCAUGUACUUUAACGAGCUCAACCCGGACACGAUGCUCGUAAAGCGCGUCAACUUUUCCAGUGCGACGACGCCCUUUAUGUUUCAGACCGCCGUCGAAUCCGAGCUCGACAAGCGCGGCGGCAAGAGCUUUGGGCCGCCUAAUGGCAAGAAGAUGACCAUCUUCCUCGACGAUCUCAGCAUGCCGCUCGUCAACGCGUGGGGCGACCAGCCGACGCUCGAGAUCGUCCGCCUCAUCAUCGAGUGCAGUGGCUUUUGCUUCCUCUCGAAAGACCGGCGCGGCGACUUCAAGGUCUGCGAAGAUUUACAGUACGUCGGGGCAAUGGGCCAUCCAGGAGGCGGUCGCAACGACAUUCCCAACCGUCUCAAGCGGCAGUUCUUCCUCUUCAACCUCGUGCUGCCGUCCUUGACGUCGAUCGAUGACAUUUACGGGCAAAUGCUCGCGGGGCGCUUCACGCCCGACACGUACUCGAAAGACGCGAUCGAGAUGGCGGGCAAGCUCACGCGCGCGACGAUCGACCUCUGGAACUACAUGAAGGCCAAGCUCCUCCCGACGCCCGCCAAGUUUCACUAUAUCUUCAACAUGCGCGAACUCAGCCGCGUCUUCCAAGGCGUGCUAUUGACGCCGGCCGAGACGUUCACGUCGGGCGGCGGCUUCCGCGUCGACGAAGGCAAGAUGGACAAGGUCGACCAAGGGCAGCUCAUCGUGAUGGUGUGGCGGCACGAGUGCGAGCGCGUCUUCUCCGACAAGCUGACCAACUACAAAGACAAGGACGUUUACCAAGCGUACAUGCGCGAGCUCCUCAAAGGGCAUUUCGGCGACGAGAUGGAAACCAAGGUGCGGCAACCGUUCUACAUGGUCAACUUUCUCCGCGAUCCCGCCGAGAACGAAGAAGGCGUCGUCGACGAUUUCGUCCCGAAAGUGUACGAACCGGGUGGGACGCUCGAAGAGGUCCGAGUCCGCGUCAACGAGUUUUUGGCCAAGUACAACACCGAGUACCCGCAGCGCGUCAUGCGCCUCGUGCUCUUUGAUGACGCGCUCGGCCAUUUACUGCGUCUCUCGCGGCUUCUCGAGAUGCCGCGAGGCUCAGCGCUCCUCGUCGGUGUCGGCGGGUCCGGCAAACAGUCGCUCACGCGGCUCGCCGCGUACAUGGCGCAGUCGACAGCGUUCCAGGUGACGCUCACCAAGACGUACAACACCAAUUCGUUCAUGGACGACCUUCGCGUCUUGUACAAGAGCGCGGGGCAUCUCAAGAAGUCGACGACGUUCCUCUUCACCGACUCGGAGAUCAAGAACGAAAUCUUCCUCGAGCUGCUCAACUCGGUGCUCAUGACGGGCGAAGUCGCGGGCUUGUUUGCGAAAGAUGAGAUGAUGGCGAUGACCGCCGACCUCCGCAAUGCAUUCGUAAAAGAUCGACCGGGUCUGCCCGAUACGCAAGCCAAUCUCAAGCAGUACUUUAUCGACGGCGUCCGCGACAACCUCCACGUCGUGCUGUGCAUGUCACCACUCAAUGCCAAGUUUGCCGAACGUGCGCGCAAGUUUCCAGGCUUGAUCUCAGGCCCGACCAUCGAUUGGUUCCUCACGUGGCCCGAAGACGCGCUCAUCGCUGUCUCGAAAGGCUUUGUCCUGGACUACCCCAUGGAGUGCGACGACGUGACGCGCCUCGCGUUGAUGACGCACAUGGGCAUGGUCCACCGGAUUGUCACCGACCUCUGCGACGAAUACUUCCAGAAGAUGCGCCGGCGCGUGUACCAGACGCCCAAGUCGUACUUGAGUUUUAUCGAGUCGUACAAGAAGAUGUACAGCAUCAAGAUUGAAGAGAUCAAAGUCAAGGAGCAGCGCGUGAACCUCGGUUUGAAGAAGCUCAUUCAAGGCGCCGAAGACGUCAAAGCCAUGUCGAUCGUGCUCGCCGACGAGCAAAUCAAGCUCCAGAAAGCGACCGAAGAAACCAACGCGAUGCUCCAGUCGCUCCAAGUGUCGUCGGCCGAGGCGUACAAGGAAGGCGAGCAGGUCGCGGCGAUCAAGGCCAAGUGCGAAGAAGACGCCGUGCGGAUUGGCGCCGAGAAAGCGGCGUGUGAGACCGACUUGGCGAAAGCCAAGCCGUUCGUCGAAGAGGCCGAGACCGCCAUCGACUCGAUCAAGCCCGCGCACAUUGGUGAAAUCAAGAAACUGGCCAAGCCCGCCGAUAUCAUCCGCCUCGUGUUCGACGGCGUCCUCAUCCUCUUUCAAAGUCAACUCAAUACCGUCAAGCAAGCGAAACUCAACGUCGCCAAGCAAGACAUUGACUUUAUCGAGACGUCGUUCUCGCCAUUCGCGCAGCAAGUGAUGGGCGACAGCAACUUUCUCAAGAACGUCCAGACGUUCGGGGCCGUCGGCAAGGACAUGAUCAACGAAGAAACCAUCGAGCUUCUCUGCCCGUACAUGGAGCUCGAGGGCUUCUUGCCAGCGGUCGCCAAGAACGCGUCGCUCGCGGCCGAAGGGCUCUGCACGUGGGUGCGCGCGAUGAAGUUUUACCACGAAGCGUCCAAAGUCGUGAAACCCAAGCUCGAAGCGCUCAUGAUCGCCGAAGGGCAAAUGGAGGCUGCCAACAAGGCGCUCGCGGCCGCCGAGCUCCGACUGCUCAAGUGCAAGGAGCGGCUCACGGAGCUCCAGCAGAUGUUCGAGUCGCAAAUGGCCGAGAAGAAGCGUAUCGAGGACGGUGCGAAUGCCCUCGCGCGCAAGAUGCAGCAAGCGUCCGAUCUCAUCAACGGGCUCGCGGGCGAGCGCGUGCGCUGGACCGACGAUUCCAACAACUUUGCGGAUCUGAAGCGGCGCAUGGUCGGCGAUUGCGCAGUGGCCUGUGCGUUCGUCUCGUACUGCGGCCCGUUCAACCAAGACUUUCGGCACUACAUGGUCAUGAACAAGUUCAUUCCGGACUGCGAGAUCCGCAGCGUACCCGUGACGUCGGACCUCGACAUCAUCACGUUCCUCGUCGACAUUGGCACGAUCGGCGACUGGAACAUCCAAGGGCUCCCGACCGACUCGCUCUCGAUCCAGAACGGUAUCAUGGUCACACGGUCGUCGCGCUACCCGCUGCUCGUGGACCCGCAAGGCCAAGCGCUUUCGUGGAUCAAGAAUCGCGAGGCGCUGCGCAUGCCCAGCUACGGCUCGACAGCGCUCAACCAUCCCAAGCUGAAGGACCAGCUCGAGUACUGCAUGGGCGAGGGCCGCGCGCUCGUCAUAACGGGCGUUGAGGAAGACAUUGACCCGAUGUUGGACCCGGUCUUGGAGCGGCAGAUCAUCGUGAAGGGCCGAAGUCUCUCGAUCAACGUCUCGGACAAGAACAUGGAGUUCAACCCGGCGUUCUCCAUGUACUUCAUUACGCGCUUGCCCAACCCGCAUUUCGGACCGGAGCUCCAGGCCAAGACGACUGUGAUCGACUUUACCGUCACCAUCAAGGGUCUCGAAGAACAGCUUUUGGGGCGCGUCAUUGGGAAGGAGCAGAAAGCCCUCGAAGAGCAACUCGCGCAAGUGCUCGAAGACGUCAACCUCAACACCAAGUCGCUGCUCGCCCUCGACGCGUCGCUCUUGGAGCGUCUCACGUCCAACACGGGCAACUUGCUCGAAGACGAAGAACUCAUUGGUGUCCUCGCCAACACGAAGGAAAAGCGGCCGAAGUCAAAGACAAGCUCAUUGCGGCCGCCGACACGCGCAAGAGUAUCAACGAAAAGCGUGAGCAGUUCCGGCCCGUCGCCACGCGCGGCUCGGUCUUGUACUUCUCGGUAGUCGAAAUGUCGCUCAUCAACUGCAUGUACCAGACGUCGCUCAACCAGUUUUUGGCCCUCUUUAUGAAGUCGAUGGACGUGGCCGACAAGGCCGCGCUCGCGUCCAAGCGCGUCGCCAACAUCAUCGAGACCAUGACGUACAUCAGCUACCGCUACAUCAACCGCGGUCUCUACGAGUGCGACAAGCUCACGUUCAUUCUGCUGCUCACGAUGAAGAUCCUCGUGACCGACGGGCUUUUGACGCCCGAGGAGGUGACGCUCCUCAUUCGCGGUGGCGCGGCCUUGGACAUCAACACGGUCCGGCGCAAGCCGUUUUCGUGGAUCUCGAACGAGGCGUGGCUCAACAUCAUUGAGCUCUCGCAGUCGUGCAAGUUUUACACGUCGCUGCCCCACGAUAUGACGUCGAACGAGGCCAUGUGGCGCCGGUGGUACGAGGACAACGAGCCCGAGAACACGAUGAUUCCCGACUACGAGAACCGCAUCGCCGAGAACGAGUCGAUUGGACCGUACUUGAAGCUGCUGCUUGUGCGCGCGCUGCGCAUGGACCGCACGAUCCUCUGCACGAAGGAGUUCAUCCGCAACACGGCGCAAAUGGGGCCGCGCUACGUCGAACCCGUGACCGAUACGAUCGAGAGCAUCUUUGCGGAAAUGAAAGCCGACACGCCCGUGAUCUUCCUCCUCUCGAUCGGCGCCGACCCGACGGAAAGCAUCGAGCAGUUGGCGCGGAAGCGCAAGUUCCCGUCCCCCGCGGUCGUCUCCAUGGGCGAAGGCCAAGAACCCGUCGCGUUGAAGGCGAUCAACGCCGGUGUUGUCAACGGCACAUGGGUGCUGCUCCAAAACUGCGAGCUCGGCCUCGAGCUCAUGGAGCAAAUGGAAGACGUCAUUUUCAAGCUCUCGGAGACGAUGGACGCCAACUUUCGACUCUUUCUGACCGCGCUCCCGAGCGAGCAAUUCCCGCUCGGGCUCCUGCAAAUGUCCACCAAGGUGACCAACGAGCCGCCGCAGGGCUUGCACGCAGGUAUCCUUCGGUCGUUCACCGUCAUGGUCGACCAAGAAAAGCUCGAGCGCGUCGAGACGGUCCAGUGGCGCCAGCUCCUCUUCGACUUGUGCUUUUUACACUCGGUCGUGAUUGAGCGCAAGAAGUUUGGCCCGCUCGGCUGGUGCAUUCCGUACGAGUACAACAACGGCGAUCUCUCGGCGUGCACCAUCUUCUUGGAGAAGCACCUGUACAACGGUCCGAUCUCGUGGCCGACGCUCCAGUACAUGGUGUCGGAGGUGCAGUACGGCGGCAAGAUUACCGACAACUUGGACCGGCGCAUGUUCAACUACUACUGCGAGUGGUGCAUCCAGCCCGAAGCCUGCUCGCCCAACUUUAGUUACAACCCCGGCGAGCCCAUUUUGCGCAUGCCCAACGACUUCAACUACCGGAUUCCGGUCGCCGAGAACAUUGACGACUACCGCAACUUUUGCCACAGCCUUCCGGACGUCGACUCGCCCGAGAUCUUUGGCCUCCACCCGAACGCCGACUUGACGUACCGCGUGAAAGAAGUCAACUUGCUCCUUGGCACCCUUGGCGAGACGCAACCCAAAGGCGGUGGCGGGUCCUCCGGUGUCUCGCGCGAAGACGUCGUCUGCGAAAAGGCCAAAGAGCUGGCGGACCGCCUCCCCGAAGACUACAUUGAAGACGACUACAAGGCCAAAAUCCAGCGCCUCGGCGGCCUCACGAUCCCGCUCAACAUCUUUUUGUACCAAGAGAUUCAGCGCCUCCAGCGCGUCAUCUCCAAGGUCCGCACGAUGCUCUCGCAGCUGCAAUGGCGAUCCGCGGUGAAGUCGUCAUGACCGAAGAGCUUAGCUGGACGCUCAACGCGAUCUUUGACGCCAAGGUGCCGCCGUCGUGGCUCCGGACGUCUGUCGGUGACGAGUUUUCCUGGAUCCUGCCGACGCUAGGGCUUUGGUUCUCGUCGCUGCUCUCGCGCGAUGAGCAGAGCCGGAAUUGGCUCAACACGCGCCGGCCCAACUGCUUUUGGCUCACGGGCUUCUUCAACCCCCAAGGCAUGCUCACCGCGAUGAAGCAAGAGGUGACGCGGAAGCACUCGAAGACCGACAAGUGGGCCCUCGACGAUGUUGUGUACCACACCGAAGUCACCACGUUCGAGCGCGCGGAGCAGGUGCGGCAGCCGCCCGCGGAGGGCAUCCUCAUUUACGGCCUCUUCCUCGACGGCGCGACGUGGAGCAAGCAAGACGGCACGCUGGUCGAGUCGGAGCCCAAGAAGCUCUUUACAUCGCUGCCCGUUCUGCACGUCAAUAGCAUGUCCAAGGAGCUCGAAACCAAGUCGCGCAAGGAACUCUAUGGCUCGAUCGGACCGUUCGAGUGUCCGUGCUACAAGUACCCGAUGCGAACGGACCGGUACAUCAUCUUUAUGGUCACGAUGAAGUGCCCUUCGAACCGACCGCCGCGUCACUGGGGCCUCCGCGGCGUCGCGCUCCUCUGCAACACAGAGUAGGUGUAAUCAACCCUUGUACAUAUAUGUGUGUAUUGGCAUGUAAGCUGGUCAUUCAUACAAGGUCAUGGUGGUCGUCCCGCAAGCACACCACAGUGUUGUGACCUGCGAAGGUGC